UCUGUCAUUAUAUCGCGCAUAGAUAAAGUGCCUAUUUACUUAUUAUUGAACUAAAAUGAUGAAGCGUGCUCCAGUAUUCUUUAUAUCUCAUGGAGGUCCAACCCUUUUAGAAGAUCAAGCAAAGCCGGGUCACUUCUAUAAUUGGCUCGGCCAAUACUUAAAAGACAAGUUGAAGCCGAAAGCUAUUGUCCUUAUCAGUGCUCAUUGGCAAGGCGUCAAUGACAACCAUGUUUUCGUGGACGUUUCCGAGAAACCCAAGUUGAUCUAUGAUUUUUACAAUUUUCCUGAUAGAUAUUACAAACAAACCUGGGACCACAAAGGUUCACCUCAAAUUGCUAAUACAGUCAUUAGUUUAUUGGAUAAGGCUGGGUUUAAGGGUAUAGGCGAAGAAUACGGUAAUGAUCAUGGUGUAUGGGUUCCUUUGAAACGCGCCAUGAUGUCCAAUCUCGAUAUUCCUAUUGUUGAAGUCUCAACGUUAUCACACGAAAAUAUGGAAAUGCAUGUUAAGUUGGGAGAAGCUCUCUCUCCUUUGAGGUAAACGGAAAAUCUCCAAGUCAAACUUUUCGUGAGCCAUAUGAGAUUUGAUUCUCAUAUUGGGAAAACCGACUAUUGUAAUAGAGAAGAGGGCAUUGUCAUCAUUGGCAGUGGUAGUGCAGUGC